AUGGCUAUUAAGUCUGCAAUCUUACUUGCAUUUGCCACCUCAGUGAUUCUGGUGCUAGUUACUGGUAUAAAUGCCGGUGACAUCGCAAUCUACUGGGGUCAGAACAGUGACGAGGGCACAUUGGCGGAGACAUGUGCGACCGGCAACUAUGACUUUGUGAGCUUAGCAUUCCUUCCAACGUUUGGCAAUGGCCAGACUCCAAUGAUCAACCUUGCUGGUCAUUGUGAUCCGUAUAGCAAUGGAUGCACUAAUUUAAGCUCAGACAUCAAAUCAUGUCAAGCACAAGGGAUUAAAGUAAUACUUUCACUAGGAGGAGGUGCAGGGAGCUAUUACCUUGCCUCAUCUGACGACGCGAGACAAGUUGCGACCUACUUGUGGAACAAUUUCUUGGGCGGAGAAUCGGCCUCUCGACCUUUCGGUGAUGCCAUUUUGGACGGAAUUGAUUUUGAUAUCGAAGGUGGAACAAACCAACACUGGGAUGAUCUUGCGAAGUAUCUCUCCGGGUAUAGCCAACGCAGCAAGAAAGUAUACUUGACGGCAGCCCCACAGUGUCCAUUCCCUGAUGCUUGGGUUGGGGGUGCCCUUAAAACGGGCCUUUUUGACUAUGUCUGGGUACAAUUCUAUAACAACCCUCAAUGCGAAUACAUAGAUGGUGAUAUUACAAACCUUGAAAAUGCAUGGAAGCAAUGGACUACAAAUGUUCCAGCUACCAAAAUUUUCUUAGGACUCCCGGCAUCACCCGAGGCAGCUGGUAGGGGCUUUAUCCCUGAAUCGGAUCUUAUUUCUCAAGUACUUCCUGCCAUCAAAGGUUCCACCAAGUAUGGAGGCGUAAUGCUGUGGUCUAAUUACUAUGAUAAUCAGACUGGAUACAGUUCAGCCAUUAAAAAUUAUGUGUAA